GUUAUUUAUCAAAAUGAACUUACUGAAGUCAUUAUUUAUCGAUAUUUUGCAGAAAUUUCAUUAAAGAAGUCAGACCUUCUUUCAGUCAAAUAUUCUGAUACUCUAGAGUCUUUAGAGCGUGAUCAACAUUUGAUUCUGAUAAAUUAUGCUGAAAAUGACAAUUGUAUCUUGAUUAUAUUACCCCCUAUUUUUAUUCAUCUUUACAUUCAAGCUCUCAAAUCAUUUGUAGUAGCAGACAAGUUGAAAAUAUUAUUCUUGCUAGGAUGGAAAAUGAAAUGGCAUGAUUUUGAAAUACUUGUUGCAGAACAUAUGGCAUUUAAGAUAAAAGUUGAACUCAAAGAAAUUACUGUUCAUCAAUUUCGUAAUAAGUUUCUAACCACUUACCUUAUUACUAAUAAGCAAGGUGAAAUUGUGAACUUCAAGUCAAAUGUGAUUGUGAAUGGGGAUAAAUUAUCAGUUUCAACAAAAAUACCACAAGAAAUUAUAGAUAAAGAUGAUAUUAACAAUAUGACAUAUUCAUUGUAUACUGAUACCAUUGAUCUUGCAAACUCUAAUAAGAAACGCUGGCUUAGUUAUUAUGAUGAAGUUCUGCAAUUUUGGGAUUGUGAGAAUAUUUCAGAAUUACAAAAGUCAAUUGGAUAUUAUCAUUUAUACAGUCUUGCUAGUAUUAAAAAUUUGAUGUAG